UGGAAGUACGUCACUAUGCGGGCGCGACCGGAAGUACCUUUAUGUGGGCGACCGGAAAUGACGCGUUAGGAGCUGUGUCGGCGGGGGCAGGAGAGCAGGGAUGAACGCGCCGCCAGCCUUCGAGUCGUUCCUGCUCUUCGAGGGCGAGAAGAAGAUCACCAUCAACAAGGACACCAAGGUGCCAAAUGCCUGCCUCUUCACCAUCAACAAGGAGGACCACACGCUGGGGAACAUCAUCAAGUCGCAGUUACUGAAAGAUCCCCAGGUGCUGUUUGCAGGGUACAAGGUCCCACACCCGCUGGAACACAAAAUCAUCAUCCGGGUCCAGACCACCCCCGACUACAGCCCCCAGGAAGCGUUCACCAACGCCAUCACCGAUCUGAUCAGUGAGCUCUCCCUCCUCGAGGAGAGGUUCAGGGUGGCCAUCAAAGACAAACAAGAAGGAAUCGAGUGAAAUCGCCCCGUUUGGAGCGGGCUGCACUUCAAUGCAUAAUGAGGGCUCUGGUAGUUGAAUGCUAUCCUUAAAGCUCCGUUGGCGGCAAAUAUUUGCCUCCCUGUCCACUUCUGUUUGAUCCGUGACAGCAGCAGGGAUAUUUUGAAGGGUGUGUUUUGUACUAGACAGGCACUGUGCCAGGAGGAUAAAUGUUGUGUUUGAUUUGAUGUGUAAGUCAUUAAAAUGAUUUCUACUUUUCUAA